AAUUCAAAUCAAAAUUGUAAUCUAUGUGGUUAUGAUACAAUGUGGUUUUACUGGUGUACCAAAAUUAUGUAGUCAAUAUUUUCAUUAAUAAUUAUUAUCAAUACAAGAUCAAAUUUAAAAAUGGAUGAGGAACAGAUAAAUGUUCCACAAUCACCUCUUCGAGAAUCUCCGAGGGUUUCGACUACAAAAUCUGAAGAUAUUAAUGUUGCUGAACCUAGUGAUACCUUUAUAGAAAAACCUCUUUUGAUACAAGAGUCCCCUAAGAUUCAAUCGCCUGUUAUAAGUCCCAUUCCGCAAUCACCUCCCCUUACAUUUACUUCAUCUCUAAAAAAAGAAUCACUUGAUGCAUCUAUUAAAAGUCAAAGGAGUAUCAUGAAAGAAUUGUCCCAAGAUAUGGAAAGAAGAAGUAGGCAAGCUUCUGAUGCUUUAUCAAAGAAUAGUAAAGUAAGCGAACCAACCAAAAGACGAUCCUCCGCAAGUGACCAAAUAAAUGGACGAAGUUCCUCAAUAAAAGGUUCAAUCAAUACAUCAAUUAGAAGUCAUAGAAGCCAAAUUACAGAUAAUAUUAAAGAUAAGAACAGUAACAACAGUGAAGGUGGUAUUCAAAAAUCUAAUGUCAAUAAUUUAAAUAAAGAAAAUACAGAAAAAUCUGAUUUUGAAGAUCAUUCAGAAGGAGGUGAAGCUGACUCAAAACAAGACGGCAACCACAGUCCCGUGCUUUAUACAAAUAUAAAUAAAAUAGCCGAUAUGAGUAGACAUCUUACUAAUGAAGCUAACGCCUUAAGAAAUUCGAUUAGGACUUUAUCCGAAGACAUUGUGCGUACAAAAAAGGAAUUAAGCAUAUCAAAAGACGAAAAUGUCAACUUUCCUUAUCACUUGUUCUUAAUAGAACUCAUCAUGAAUAAGAUUCAUAUGAAGUGUGACUGUUUCGAGUUCAGUUACAAUAAUCUUGUUAUUGCUGCAAGUUUCUUGGGCAAGCAGCCCAUAGUUCUGUAUGACUCCUCUUAUGGAAAAAUCGAUGAUUUUAGCCAUUUAAAUGUAGGCAAAUCUGCAUUAUUUGCGAUGACUUAUGAUAAAAUAUGCAGUAUUCAAGACUUUAUAAUACACUUGAAUUUGACGAAACAACCACCAUGUUCUAGUUGUGUAAUGAAAGUAGCUGAAGCAAAAAUCGACUGCACAAAAGAAUUUUUGAAUCUACGUGAUGAAUUGUGUAAAAAGUGGACAGAAGAACAACCUAAAGAUAACAUAAUAUGUACAACAUCAACUCCGCUAAAUAAAAAUAUGUGUUACUUGCGUAAUGGUGACAGUGAAAACUGCGAUUCGAUAGGGGUCAUGGAAGUAACAGUUCGAAUGUCCUUCCUUGGGAAAGAGAUUACAACAGCUUUCAGUGCUUCAUCGAAGCCCAAAUGUACUUCAGUUCUAAAUAAGGAAGACAAUGGCAUGAGCAUGUAUACUUGUCACGACGUAGAAAUGGAUGGUCAGGGAAAAAUUCUCUUAGAUGAGGACACUUUGACAAGAAAAGAAAUCCAUAGAAGUACACAUACCAUGUCUUCUCGAAGAACUGGAAGUCCCAUUUCGCAGUUAUCAGGUGGUCAUGCCUCACCCAAACAAUUUUUGCCUACACAAAAUUAUACGAACCCAUACCGCCAAGACUAUGGCCCACAAUACAAUGAAAUUUUCACAAAAAUGAAUGAGAACGAGUUACGGAUUAGAGUUCCGAAAACAACUAAGUUAGACAGGACGGCGAGGUACGACAGAAUACAAGAAUUGUGUUCGUGUGAAAACACUCCGUACAAUACUGGAGACCAGAUUCAACUCGAGUUGCCCAAAGAUAAUGUUUACUCAAACGAAUACGCUCACGAGACAAACACAUCCCAAGUGAAAUACGCAUAUAAAAGUUAUGAUAGAAAUUUAGAUAAUAGAAAUAGAAAAAUUAUUAACGUUACUCCACCAAAUUGUAAUAUACCAGUAAAUAUGGAGAAACAGGUCCAUCCAAGAAAAGACGUCUUUAUACUUAAAAUAGGAAAGAAACUUGAAACCAAAGACAAAAAAACUGAUCUGGAAAUAGAGCUCGUUACUCCUAAAGCACCAAUAGAAAAAAUCUUUAAUAAUAAUGAUAUUUCUCAGCAAUGUAGCUGUAAUGAUAUGAAACACAAGCCACUAAAGAAUGAAAUCAAAGAACAUACAAAGAAAGGAAAGAAAAGUAAAACAAACCUGGCCAAGAAAAAGGGGAAGACCCAGAAAAAACUCAAAUCAAAGAAGACAAAAUAGGAACCAAAUAAAAGACAUACGAUUACAAUAAAUUCCAAUAUAACAUAAA